GAGUACCAGGCUGCAGGACAGAGAGAGAGAGUGUGAGUGAGAGAGAGAGAGAGAGAGAGAGAGAGAGAGAGAGAGAGCGGAACAGAGGGAAACAGCAGGAGAAAUAGAGUGAUAGAGAUAGCUAGAAGAUGGAGGUGCAGUCAGAAUGCGUGGAACCUCCUCCACCUCCUCCUUCUGUUCCCCCAUGCGACCCCCAACCGCCAGGGAAGAUCAACAAAGCAGCCUUAAAGCUGUUUGGAAAACGACGCUCCAGCUCCGGAAUGGCCAGAUUCUUCUCCUUCAGGAACAAAGAGGCCAAUGGGAAUGGGAAUUCCGAGAAUGGGAAUUCUGUGAAUGGGAAUUCUGUGGGGGCGGCUAACGAGCUCGUCAGGAGUAAAACGCAUGAUGGACUAACAAGCUCGGAGACAGAUGGACAGAGAGGGGAGGAGUCUGGAAUAUCAGAGGCGGGACAGGUGAGGUCUCUCAGCAAAUCACUGAGCUUCUUUUCGCUGCUCAGACGAGGAAGUGUGAGAGCUAAUGAGAAUACAGGGUUUGGAAGCAGGGGGAGGGGUUUAAAAGGCUUCUUUAGUAGUAUAAGGUGGCGGCGGAAGGAGAGAGUGAUGGAGGGAGAGGUGGGGGUAACUGAGGGGAGGGAGGUGAGAGAGGGAGAUGUGAUUCUAAAGGAGGAAGUGAAAGACGUCACUCUGACCCUUGAACCCCAGCCCCGCUCACCACAGGAGGAAAAUGGGAGCUUGGAAGCUGAGCUAAACACAGAAUCAGCGAGAACUUCUCCCGCAGACAACGCCACAACACCACUCACGCACUCUACUGCCAUGACGACAAACCUGUCAGAAUUCCCCUAUACACCAUCCCCUUCCCCUCUUCACUCUGCCUUUCACUCAAGAACCAAAACGUCCAUUUCCUCAGCAACGGCCACCCCCCCUCUGGAUCGGUGUGACCCCACCUCUGAACCCUCAGUGGACCGGCUCUGUUCACUCCUCUUCACUGACGUCACCUCGCUCAAGAGCUUUGAUUCGCUGACAGGAUGCGGUGAUAUCAUCGCAGACGCAGAGGAGGAGGUGGCAGGAAACGUGGGAGGAGGAAAUGGAGGGGGAAGUGUCACCAGUAGUAGCAGUAGCAGUGGGGGAGGGGUAGUACGCAGCUCCCCAGCUAAAUCCUCCAUUACUAACCAUGCCACCCCUUCCAGCAUUACCCCUACCCCCACUUCCGCCCCUGCCCCCCUCCCAGCCAGGGCACGGCUGAUGCCCUCCCACUCUGCCCCGAUUCAGCAGCCCUCUGGCAGCGGCGUGGUGGCCUACAUGGGGGGUGGCGAGGAAAUGGCCAGCCCUGACGGGGUGGAUGACGCAGACAUGCAGGGGCUCUGGCACAUGCUCCCCUCUGGGGGAGAUAACUCCCCCGCCCUCCCCCGACCCAGCUCUCACCCGGCUCCCCCCAGGGGUACAGAGCGGAAACCCCCCCAGGUCAAGUCUCUGGGACUCAGCAAGAUCCCUUUAGUGGGGGGAGGAAGGAUGAGUAAACUCCCCACUCAUGCUGCCCGUCAAACCUCUUUGCCCAAUGAGAAGGACACUAAGGAGGAGGUCCAGCCCCAACAGGAUGUCCCGGCCCUUAGAGACGAGGGCUAUUGGGAUACGCCCUCGGCAACCCCCACGGCAACGCCUGACGACGGCUUCCUGCGGAACCAGAGGAUUGGUUUAUCGCGUGACAGCUGCUCUGGCGACGCGCUGUACGACCUCUACAAUGAGGAAUUGGACAGAUCUGAUGAAGAGGAGGAGGAAGAAGAUCUGACAAGUACUCCUUCCCUCUCCACUGACGACUACAAACUCAGCGCUCCCUCCCAGACUACUGCUCCUUCCUCUUCCUCCUCUUCAUCUUUUCGCUCGAUGAAGGGAAGCACUAGCCUUCCCCGCGAGUCCAAAAUCCCUCUUAGUGUCAGACAGAACACACCCCCUCACUCGGUGAGCCAAUCAGCUCUUUCCACUGUCCUCACAGCCACUCCUCCCCCUGACACACCCACCCAAGCUCCUCCCCCUGCCCGGACCAGGAUCCCUGUCUCCAAGGUGCCAGUCCGUCGCCCUAGGAACAAGCCCGGCAACGCUACACGAGGGCCAGCCCCCAGGAAGUAAGUCUGGACGAGGCAGCCAUGGACUUUGAUGUCUUUGGUUAGAACUAGACAACAUCACUGGACUAGUGUGUAUGACAUUGCCGGACUGGUGUAUUGUGAAAUGCAUCAGACAAUGAUAAAGACUUGAAAGAGAGUGAUAGGAGCUCUAAACAACACUUCCAUUGGUUCUGGUGGGUCACGCCCCCAAAAGUUAAAGUUAAAAACAAAACAUCUACAUCACUGGACUUGUGUAUGCAGCAUCACUGAAAUUAUGUGUAUGGGACACUUUUAAAGACUUAAAGACUUUUUCGACAACUCUCAGCGCUUUUGAAUAUGUAAACAAUGGUCACAGAAUUCAACUGCACUGCACACCACUAGGAAUGACUAGAGAAGCUUUUCUUCUUCUCUUCAAGUCCUUGUCCUGAAACACAGAUUUUUACAUGAUACCACGUGUUUAAUCUAAUGACGGAAACAGUUUGUAAUAAUCUAAUUGUUAACUAAUUACCUCCUAAUCCCAGACUACAUUCACAGUCUCAAUCCUCAUCUACAUCUUUUUUUAUGCCGUUUAGCAGGCGCUUUUAUCCAAAGCGAUGUGUGCAAUUAUUUCUACGUAUGGGUGGUCCCGGGAA